AUGCCCGCAGGUUGGAAACCCAAACAGGAGUCCAAGAAGUCGUACAUAGUGGAGCUGGACUCGACAUCCGCUACCACCAAGACUCUUUUUUCGGCUUCGGAACUGGAAAGGACAGCCACUGCUAAUCAAGGAUUCCACACCAUUGGAUUCUUUCAUUCACCCAAGCACUCGGAAUCAACAAUUUUGAUGACUGCACCUCUUUCUGAGGUCACGGAGACUAAGGAAGAGGACCCCCGCAUGCCCACGCAGGGCUGGGACCGAGUCUGGGACAACAUAGCCAUCAUCUGGGGCACCCCGAAAGUGGCUCUGAUGAUGGGCGACAACCCCCGCGUGCUCAGCUUCUUUGCCAAAGAACCGAAGCAAGGUGCUGGGCACCUUGGGAAUGACCCCUACACAGUCGCGUGGAGUUCCCACCACCUCUACAUUGCUGCUGCAACUGAAGCUGACAAGGAUUGA